AUGAUGAGGGAUGGGCUGCACCCGCGCUCGACAACAUCGAAUGGGGCAAAGACAAAUAACAUUAAAGAGCUUUCACCCUAUGAAGAAGCACUACCAACUGAUCAUGCCGUUCCAUCGUCUACCGGUAAGCGGUGGUGGCCUCACGCGUUUAUAAUAGGCGGUGCUAUCUACGUCAUAGCAAUGGGAUUCUGGUUUUCGCAUUAUUUUAACGCCUUGGAAAAAGAUUCCGACUCUGUAUACCUUGAGCGAAUUAAACGGAACCGAGAUGACAAUACUAUGAAGGUAUCACCAUAUCAUGGACACUUGACGCAGGAGCAGCAGAAGAAAACGAAUUUGGCAAAGGCCGAAGUCACUUCGACUUUAAUUCAGGCAGCAAUUGACAAUCCCAUGGAAGCAUCACAGGUAAAAGAAGCGCUACGAUUGGCGCGAGAAGCAGUUGUAGCAAAGUUAGAGAUGGACAGCAUUGUGAGCUCUCGACCCUUGGCGACACAAUCAGAGACUUUGAAUAAAGCCGAGUUCUUAGCGCAAGACGCGCUUUUAUUACCAAAUGGCGAAACAAAUGCACGAAAUUUAACGUGUUUGGGCUGGCGAGCGACGGAUGGAUGUAGUCCAUAUGGACCCCGCAAACCUGAGGAUGAUCUUGCCUGCACUACGGUAAUACCAUUCGACCAAUCAGGAUAUUGCGAGGUACAAGACAAAGAAAGUGGUGAGCGGUUUCGAGUCAUGCUGCAUUAUUGUAACAGUCUGAAGUCAGAUUUGAGUUUUCGCUGCGUAUAUGCUGCCAAAUUUGCCAGCUUUCGUCACGAAAUUCGCGAAAGAGCAAAUCGUGCUCUCACCCCGGGAUUUACACUACCAAAUCUGCAAGAUAGCGCAAUGAGCACAAAACAGCGCAAUGGCAUCGUUAUGGUUAUAUACCCAAAGAUGAUACCAAGUGCGUACGCCACAAUAAAAACUCUGCGGGAGGUGCAAGGAUGUCAGUUGCCUAUUGAAUUAUGGUAUCGCAGUUUUGAAAUGGAUCUAGAUUCUGAUAUGAUGAAGCCUCUGACAGCUUUGGCAGAAAAAAAGGAACUGUCAAGGAUAACCUUUCACGAAAUCACAAACGUGCACGCCGCGGGUUUUGACUCAAAAGUGUGUGCAAUCUACAACAGCCACUUUGAACGUAUAUUGUUCCUAGAUGCUGACAACGUUCCUUCACGAAACCCGACGUUUUUAUUUAGCUCAACCGAGUUUUUAGAGACUGGAGCUAUAUUUUGGCCAGACUUUUGGCACCCUCAAAAUUCCAUCUUCAAUGUUCAUAGCCACUCCGUCCUUUGGGAGCUUCUUGACAUGCCUUUCAUCAAUAUGUUUGAGCAGGAGAGCGGCCAAAUUCUGAUUGACCGCCGACGGCAUGCACAAGCUCUCGAUCUCGUCAUGUUCUUUACAUUUCACGAAUCCAAUCAUUUCGAGAGCAUGCAACUUGUUCAUGGCGAUAAGGAUCUCUUCCGUUUAGCGUGGCUUAAGCUUGAUGCCCCGUUUCACAUGAUCAAGUCACCACCUGCCAUUGCAGGUAAAAUAAUAAACGGCAUUUUCUGUGGCAUGACCAUGGUUCAACACGAUGCCCAGGGCGACGUCUUAUUCCUGCAUCGUAAUUCGCGUAAACUCAUGGGUGAACCCCUCCGAAAAACUGUUGACUACAAAACUCGAGCAAUUGCUCGUUCAGCAAGAUUGAGUAAAAUUCGAUCGAAUCUUCGACUGGAAGGCAAGCCGAUUCCAUCGUGGAAUGAACUUUUUGCGAUGCUAAGCUCAGAAGAGACUCCAUCUCCAACCUUAGAAGCUCCAGAGCCAGACGGAUAUCCUGAUUCCGUUGUCUGGACACAUUUACUGACAUUUAAUAAUACGUCUAAUCUAGAAGAUUACAUUGUUCAAGUUUAUAAUGCAAGUCCAGAAUUCGAUGAAUCCCAAACCUGUUACGGCGAGCGCGACGUAAGUAAAAGUGAACAUUUCUACGUGCAAAACAUUGCAAGUUUACCAUUCGCUGGACUUGAGACGCACAUUCGUCGCUUUGCUGCUGAGGCAGUUGAGCUCAAUGAGACGUAA